AUUGUUUGUUUGUGUUGCUGUGACUCAGGACGACCUGAAGGGAGAGGAGGAUAUUGCACAGAAGAAAGCAGCUCUGAUGGAGAAAAGGUUGCGGAGGGAGAAAGAGAUGCAGAUGAAGAAACAGCAACAGGAGGCAGAGAUGGAACAGAAGAAAGAAGCAGCACGAAUGAAAGCGGAAGAGGAUCUUCUGAGGAAGGAGGAGGAGAAGGCAAGACGGGAGUUUAUAAGAAAUGAAUAUAUGAGGAAGAAGCAGCUCAAACUGAUGGAUGACAUGGACAGUGUCAUUAAGCCCCGCCCCCCUGGCGCAAAGCAAAAGAAGCCACGCCCCAAAUCUAUGCACAGAGACAUCAUGGAGUCUCCAAAACCUCCAGCACGGACAGCCACAGGGUCACGGCCUCGUGGAUAUUCCGUGUCCAGCUUAUCACUCGCCUCCCUUAACUUGGCAGACAAUGAGAGUGUCCAAUCAGAUAAGAGGACAUCUAGAGGCAGCAGACUGUCUCCUGGCAGUCUGUGUUUCUUUCUGAGCUCCCCUAAAGGGAGAAAGGGAAGGCCGGAGUCCACAGAGGGCUUUCUGUCACCUUGUCCAUCAGUAAGUGGAAACGGGGAGAACUGGGAGCUCGAGUCAACAACAUCGUCUGCAGCGUCUAACACAGAAUACACAGGGCCAAAGUUAUACAAGGAGCCCAGUGCUAAAUCAAAUAAAUACAUCAUCCAGAACGCACUGGCUCACUGCUGCCUCGCGGGCCGCGUCAAUGAGGGACAGAAGAACAAAAUCCUGGAGGAAAUGGAGAAAACCGAAGCCAACAACUUUCUAAUUCUGUUCCGAGACACUGGUUGCCAGUUUCGCUCCCUGUACUCAUAUUAUCCAGAGGCGGAGGAGAUCAACAAGCUAGCUGGCAUCGGGCCCAAGACCAUCACGCCCAAAAUGAUCGAGAACCUUUACAAAUACAGCUCGGAUAAGAAACAGUUCAGCAAAAUCCCCGCCAAAACUAUGUCAGCUAGCGUGGAUGCCAUCACCAUUUACAGCCACCUCUGGCAGAACAAGAAACAAAACACACCCAAAAAACUGCUCAAAUAAGUUCACAGCUCACUGGCAGAUUUCUGCCUAUCGGACAUUACAGUGCACAUCCUGAAUGUAAUGAAAACACUUUCGCAGGCUUUGUCGGAUGGUCACUUGUGGCGAGUUUGAGACCCUCUGCUCUACAGUCUUUGCAGCACUGAUGGAUGCGCUUUUACGCCAUUUUUAUUUCAAACAUGUUCAAUUUUGUGGCCUUAUGCUUGUUUUGUCGUGUCUUUUAUGCAAUGCUUAACGCACAGUUACUGAGUCAUUUCAUCGUAUGAAGAUACACAAUCUGCUUCUUUUGUGUUUGUGGAAAUGCAGGUGUAAAAGAAUAAUAGGGACAUACUAAACUUGAAGACUAAUUUUUCAGAAGGUCAUGCAGUUGAAGAAGCAUUUAAUGUACUGGAACCUGAGAAACAAACUCUUUUGCUUUAUUUAAUGUCUGUGUUUUUAUAUUUUGGGUAGGAUUCGUAAUUCUUGUUGCACAUCUGCUUCUCCAGAGGAUCGUGUGUAAAAUUAGCUACAGUAAGAGUAGUUCGCUCAAGACUCUUCCUUAAAAAAAAUGAACACACUCAUGUUGCUCUAUAUCUGUCAUGUAAAAGUAAUGAUGGGGCCUUUAACUGAUGAAGUUAAGGACCAAAACAUUAUAGCUUUAGAUCCCUAGAUAUGUUGCUAUCACUUGUGUCACAGCCCAGUGUGCCAUGUAUGUUUGAAACAUACAUUUUAGAGAGACAGAUCAGUUAAGCUGACAGAGUAGUGUAAAAAAAAAUCCAUAUAAAUAAUAGAGAGGAAACACUGAGAUAUUAAAUAUCAUAUAAUGAAGCUUUCAAAGAGAUGGUGAGUAUUAUUGCUAAAUGAUGUUAAAUAAAUCAUUUUUAAUUAUGAAGUGCAUUUUAAAGAGCUGGGAUAUUUGGGCAGGCUGUUGUCUGGUUUCACAUUUUGUCUUCUGGCGCAAAAGAGUCGAAAGAUAUUUGUUAUUUUUACUAAGUGAAGUAAAUCAUCGUUUGAAUUUAUUGAUUCUGUACAGAUAUAGUUUUACAUACUAAGCAUAUUUUUUAAACCAUUGAAUAUUACUGAUAUUUUUCAUAUGAAAAAGAUGUUUAACAGGUCAAAGUAUGAGUCAGUCCUGGCGACGGGACGUGAUAAAAGCUGUUCUGAGUGUUGUUCAUUUCCACACGCUGUCUAAUCUUUUUCCAGGUCAUGUCCGCUGUUUGUUCGUCAUACGCUUUGUCUAUUUGUAUUUGAAUGUUAACCUUAACAUAAAUACAGAUUUACAUCCAAAA